AUGCCUUUGGUAGCACAGAAUCCCACGCCGAGGGUGAUCCUUGGUCUUAUGACAUUUGGACCCGAAGAAUCAAGGGCGGCCCGGAUCACAUCUCUGGACGAGUUCAACAAGUGCUUGGAUUACUUCCAGCAACAGGGUUUCAACGAGAUUGACACCGCACGGAUCUAUGUGGACGGACUGCAGGAAGCCUUUACCGCUCAAGCGAAAUGGAAGGAGCGUGGUCUGACGUUGGCAACCAAGUGGUAUCCCAGAAAACAUGGAGAUCACAAGCCCAACGUUCUCCGGGAAAAUAUAGAACUCUCUCUGAAAGAGCUCGACACCAACCAGGUCGACAUUUUCUAUCUGCAUGCUCCGGAUCGGUCUGUUCCUUUUGCGGAGACCUUGGAAGCCGUCAAUGAGCUGCAUAAGGAGGGCAAAUUUGUGCAAUUGGGUCUUAGUAACUACACGGCAUUUGAGGUUGCGGAGAUUGUCACUCUUUGCAGUGAGAGGGGAUGGGUGCGCCCAACUAUUUAUCAGGCCAUGUAUAAUGCCAUUACUCGGUCCAUCGAGACUGAGCUAGUUCAUGCAUGCAAGCGGUACGGCAUCGACAUCGUGGUUUACAAUCCGCUCGCCGGCGGGCUCUUCUCUGGCAAGUACAAGGCCAAUGAAAUUCCCCAGGAGGGCCGGUAUGGCGCCAAUUCUGUCAUUGGGGAACUGUACCGUAAGCGCUAUUUCCAGGACGCGACGUUUGACGCCCUGCGCGUCAUCAGGCCCGUUGUCGAAAAGCACGGAUUGACAUUGCCGGAGACUGCGUUCCGUUGGCUUCACCACCAUUCCGCUCUCAACAUGACAGAAAAUGGCCGGGACGGGAUUGUGAUUGGUGUGAGCAACUUUGCGCAGCUAGAGACCAACCUGAAAGACGUCCAGAAAGGCCCGCUUCCGGAAGAGGUUGUCGAGGCUUUGGACCAGGCGUGGUUGAUCACAAAGGCCACCACUGCCGACUACUGGCAUCUUGACCUGAAAUACACCUAUGAUACCAAAGCGUUGUUCCAUGGCAAGUCAAGCGCUUAG